AUGACAUUCCACCCCGCCCAAACCUGGUACCCAUCAUACAACGACACCCGGCCGAAUCCCAACUCACCUUUCAACGAUGCUACUCCCCAAAUUCUCGAUAUCCCUUUGAAUCCUCAAGAAAUACAUUAUAGAGAGAUCUGCGGCAUGUUAAAAUACACCCAAGACAACACGAGACAAGUCACGAAAGACAAGAAAAAGUCCUCUCGGGAACUCCAGGUCGCAUUGAUGAGAUUGGGUGUGGGAGGAGGAGAGGGGAGAGAUAGAAGGGAAAGAUUGAGGAAAGUAGUUGUGUUGCGAAAAGUAGUGUGGUUACAUCAGGAUUAUAAGAAGAAUUUGAUGCUGUAUGAGGGUGAGUUGUGGAGGAAGGAAGAUGAGUUGAAGAGGAUGUUGAGAUUGCAGGUGCGAGAGAAUGGGAAUGCGGAUUAUUAUGAGGGUAGGAAUUGGUGGUUUGUGGCGGGGGAAGAGGAAAGUGAUGAUGAAGAUGACGAAGGUGACGAGGAUGUCGAGGAUGACGAGGAUGAAGAUGAUGAAGAUGAUGAAGAUGAAGAUGAAGAUGAUGAAGAUGAUGAAGAUGACGAUGACGAAGUUGAAGAAACGUAUGGAAUGGAACUAGAGUGCUGGAGUGAGGAAGAUGAGGAUUUGGAAAUGGAAAUUGAAGGAUGA